GAGGGAGUCACGUGACUCUUCCGCCAGGGCGCUUUCUCGCUUUCUGCUCGCUCAUGUUAGCCGAGUAACCUUCGCGGAGCUUUCCCUCGGCCUGCCAUGGGACGCGCCGCGUUCGCCGCAGCGUGCGGGGCUGCAGCGCUCCGGCUCUGCUGGCUGCCUUCCCUCCUCCUCUUCUUGCUUCUCCUCCCGGGCCAGAAGGGAGACCUCCCCACCACCGUAGCGGCCCAAGACGCCUUCAAUUACCAGGAUCUAUGCCGUUACACAUGGGAAGCUCUUGAUCCUGAUAAAGUGCAUUAUAAAAUAAAUCCCUGUGGUCAUGCGGGAGAUUGUGGGGAAUCCAGUGCCAUUUGUGCCCGUGAUCUAAAUCAAAAUUUAUCUUUCUCAGUAGGGGAAUCCUCACAGAUAAGAAGGUCUAAUUUACUCUUGGAAUUCAACACUACACAAACUUGUUCUAAGGAAAGUAAACACACAUGGCAAAGUAACAUCAAUUUCUAUUGUGGGAAGACUUUGGGUUCCCCAGAAUUUGUGACUUCAUUUGAGUGUGUUCAUUACUUUGAAUGGAGAACAUUCCUCGCAUGCAAGAAUAACUUAUUUACAUCAGCUGAUGAGGUGCCUUGCUACAUAUUUGAUAAAAAUCUGAAGAAGCGUGAUUUAAAUCCAUUGAUUAAGACUUCUGGUGGAUACUUGAUAGACGACUCAGAUGAUGAUUCACAGUUAUAUAUCAACAUCUGUAGAAACAUAGGAAGGUCAUCAGGUGAAACUAGCAGUUGUCCAGAGCACAGUGCAGCUUGUUUGGUGAAGGAUGGUCAUGCAUUUGAUCUGGGCCAUACUAAAGGAUUACUAAAACAACUUGAUAAAGACAGGUUUCAACUGAGAUACGAAAAAGAAAACAGCAAUGUAAAAGAGAGACCAGACUUUUGUGGUAGCCAUGACCCAGCAGUUACAAUUACUUUUGUAUGUCCAGAGGGAAGGCAAAGAGAGGAUACGAAUCCUACACUCACUGCUCAAAGCAAUUGCCGCUAUGAGAUUGAAUGGGUUACUGAGUCAGCUUGUCCCAGAGACUACCUGGAGAGUCAUAAUUGUACUCUGAGCAGUGAACAACAUGGUAUUUAUGUGGAUCUGACACCUCUUAUGCAAUCCCCAGGUGAUGUGUCACCAUAUCAUGCAAAAGAUAAAGAGUAUGACUAUUAUCUGAAUGUAUGUGGGAAGGUAACUGGUGGUGCUUGUAUGGAUAAGGAUGUGUCUUCAUGCCAAGUUAAAUCUGAAAAAGGUCAGCAGAAAGUGGCAGGAAGAUUUACCAAUCAAACUCUCAGAUAUGCUGAUGGAGACCUUAUUCUGACGUAUCCAGGAGGAGAUAGUUGUAGUUCGGGUUUCCAGAGAAUGACAGUCAUAAAUUUUGAAUGCAAUCAAACUGCAGAUAACAAUGGCAAAGGGCAUCCAGAAUUUAAUGGUGAGACAGACUGUUCAUAUUUUUUCACCUGGCAAACCAAAUAUGCCUGUGUUGGAGAAGAAGAAGGUUUUCCUUGCAUGGUUUCAGAUAAGAAGAAAAAGUAUGACUUGACACGACUGAUUCGUCAUUCUGAAUCAGAGGAGAAUUGGGAAGCUGUAGAUAUCAAUCCCGUAGAAGCAAAAAAGAAACAUUUCUUUAUAAAUGUCUGUCACAAGAUACUCCAGAAAAAAGAAGCAGUGUACUGUGCCAAAGAUGCAUCAGUUUGCUCUGUUGAUAAAAACAAUAAUACAAGAAAUCUUGGGACUUUCAUGUCUUCUCCCAAAAAGGUUGGAGAAAAUAUCAAGCUUCAUUAUUCAGAGGGAGACGAAUGUGCACUCAAUAAAAAAAUUGAAACAAAUAUAAUCCUUAUAUGUAAACCAGGUGAUCUGGAAAGCGCUCCUGUUUUGAUUAAUUAUGGAUAUGAUGGAUGCUUGUUUGAAUUUGAAUGGCAUACUGCUGCUGCCUGUGUCCUGUCUAAAACAAAAGGAGACCACUGCAAAGUUUCAGAUCUUCAAGCUGGAGUUUCCUUCGACUUAUCGCCACUAAUGAAUGAAUCUUUCUCAAUAAUCACAAGUGACUAUACUUUCUAUAUUAGUAUUUGUGGCUCUUUGCCAAAUAAGCAUUGUGGGGCAGAGUCGGCAGCAUGUCAAGUAAAGAAAAAUGGCCAAGAUUCUUGGAAUCUUGGGAGGCCCAGUUCUCAGCUGUCCUAUUAUGAUGGAAUUAUUCAGCUAAACUAUCAGAAUGGCACACCCUACAACAAUGCGCAGCAUACAAAACGGUCUACCCAUAUAACAUUCCUGUGUGAUCGUAAUGCGAACAUGAGUGUACCAGAGUACCAGGAGGAAGACAGUUUCACCUACAACUUCAAGUUGUAUACUCAGUAUGCUUGUCCAGAAAUACCUACAGAAUGUGUUGUAACAGAUCCUAAAACCAUGGAGCAAUAUGAUCUGUCAAGUUUAUCGUUAUUUGGCAAUGUAAAAGAAAACUGGUUUGCAAUGGACAACUCGGGAGAGAAUGUUCACAGAAAGUACUACAUUAAUGUCUGCCGACCUUUGAACCCCAUCUCAGGAUGUGAUAGAAAAGCAUCCAUUUGUGAAAUGACGUUCAAAAAGGGUGAGAGUGCCGGCUCUUCUAAAAUUUCCAAUAGUAACCUUGGGAUAGCCUUGCAAAGUCCCAUUUUUGAAGGACAUGGCAGAAUCCUUUUAAAUUACACCGGUGGCUCUCUGUGCGUAAGGGCAGAUGAUGACAAGUCAGAACCUUUCUCAAGCCUCAUCCAUCUUAUUUGUGCCAAGGGCCUUCUUAAUAGCAGCCCGAGAUUUUUAGAGCUGAAAGACUGUAUUGCAACUUUUCUGUGGGAAACUGAAGCUGCCUGUCCAGUCACUACUACACAAGGAGAGUCUCAGAGCUGCUCUGUAAAAGACCCAAACACUGGAUUUCUAUAUAACCUGGAACCAUUAGCUUUGGAAAAAGCAUACAUUGUUGAAGGAAUUAAGAAGAGCUACAUGAUAAGUAUUUGUAGACCAGCCAAGGAAUGUGGGCCUAUUCAUGGUACUGAAGUUGAUGAUUCAAUUGGUGGAUGUGAAACAGAAGACCUACAACAUAUUCGCUUGGUGAAACUGAACAAAACUCUUCAGUUGUCUACAGAAGGAUAUCUAUCACUUAUUUAUACAGGGCCCAAUGACAGUUUCAUCAUUACUUUUACUUGUAAUCAGUCCUAUCCUGGAGAACUCAGAUUUGUACAUGAAGAAAUGAAUUCUGCACAAAAUAUUCAUAAUACUUACUUUAAGUUCUACACAGCCUUAGCCUGCCCACCUGCUCCAGUUGAUUGCCAAGUCACUGAUUCUGAUGGCAAUGAAUAUGAUCUGAGUGACUUGAGCAGAGAUCAUGAACCUUGGAUUGCCCUGGAUACAACGACAGAUGCCAAAAAUAGAACUUUCUAUCUGAAUGUUUGCAGGCCACUUCCCUAUAUACCAGGAUGUUCAGCUGGUGUAGUAGGAGCUUGUGUGAAAUAUGCUAAUAAAAGCCAGAAUCUUGGUGUCAUUCAAAUAAGUCCUCAGGCUGCCACUGAUGGAUCCCUUACUAUUGUGUAUUUAAAUGGAGACAAAUGCAAAGAUAAAAAACAGUACUCAACACGGAUAAUUUUCCAGUGUGAUCAAGCUAUGGAAUCACCAGUGUUUCAAUAUGAAAAGGACUGUGAGUUUGUGUUUCUCUGGAGAACACUAGCAGCUUGCCCUGUGCACAGAGCAGAAGGUGAGAACUGUCAAGUGAAAGAUCCAAGAUAUAGUUAUGUAUAUAACUUGUCACCACUUCGUGGGAAUGAUAUUAAAGUCAGCACCGAAGAAUAUGACUACUACUUUAGAAUCUGUGAUAGACUAACAACAGGGCUUUGCAAACCAUCAAACAACAGUGGAAAUAUGGUGUCAUCAUGUCAAAUUAAAAAACAAGAGCCACUUGCUAAAAAAAUAGCAGGUUUGCAGUCUGAAAAACUGACAUAUGAAAAUGGAUUACUUAAGAUAAACUACACUGAUGGGGACACAUGUCACAAGGUUUAUAAGAGAUCAACAGCCAUAUUUUUCUACUGUGAUCCUAAUCCUAAUUUGCAGCCAGUAUUUCUGAAGGAAACCGAGGAUUGCACCUAUAUGUUCGAAUGGCACACUCCUUUUGCCUGCCCACCUUCCAAAUCUGUUGAAUGCUCCUAUAAAGAUAGUACUGGCAAUUCCUAUGAUCUCUCUCCUCUGAUCCAACAAAAGAAAAACUGGGAGGCUAUUUCAAGGACUAGCUCUUCACAGAAAUACUAUAUCAAUGUCUGUAGAUCAUUAGUACCUCAUCUAGGAACUGAUUUUUGUCCCCCAGAUUCUGCAGCCUGCUUAAGGGAUGGUUCUAAGUAUAUAAGCUUAGGUGAAGUGGCUGAGGGGCUAAAAUGGGAAAAUGGUAUUUUUGUUCUUAAAUAUAUAAAUGGUGAGAAGUGUGAAGAUCAUAUCCGGAACAAAUCUGCAACCAUCCAUUUCAAAUGUGAUGAAAGGAAAGAUAGUUCCAAUCCAGAACUGGUAACAGCCCAUAUGGAUUGUGAAUAUAAUUUUAUGUGGUAUACAGCUGCUGCAUGUCCUCUGAAAAGCAAUAUGCACAAUAAUUGCACUGUGUCUAACCCUCGAACAGGUCAUCUCUUUGACCUUAAUCCUUUAAAGAGACAGGCUGGCUACACUCUCUUAGAUUUUGUGAACCAGAGAAUGCUCCAGUUGAGUGUGUGUGAUGAACCGAAAAGUUCAUGCGGUGGAGACACUGGUAAAUUUUGACUUGCUGAGAUGCUGAUAGUGAAUCCAGGUUCAUAGGAUGGAAAGAGAUUGUUGUGAUACUUUAUUUUAUGAAACCUAUGUUACUGUUGAUAUGUGAUGUACCAGUAGUAAUGUAGUAAAGUACAUUUCAAUAAAAAAUGUAGGACAGUAUCUGGAUAACGAUGUGUGCUCCUCUCCCCGGGAUAAGCUUUUCCCAGUGUAUCCAAUUUAUCAGCCACUUUCUACAUUCUGUACAGGUAGGUCUCAGUUAGUGCAUUAAUGAAUCCCACAAAAUGGUCACAUUAUUUGAAUUCACACUAUUCAAAGUGAUUUUUCUAUGGGAAGUAGGGCAAUUGGUUCCAGCUCAAUGGAAAUAGGUAGUUUUAAAAAUCAAU